GCAGAGGCGGGAGCAGCCCAAGGAGCGCAGGCAGCGAGCGGGAGCGGGAGCGGGGGGCCGGCGGCGGCGGCUCAGCCAGCCCCUCUGAGCCGGGCAGCUGACGCGCAUGGCGGAGACAGCGGCGCCUACCGAUGGAGCUAGAGGUUCUCACUUGGCCUGGCUUGGUGGACUGAACAAGCGGAGCCCUCUGCUGCUGCUGCCCAAGAGGGUCCUGGGGCUGCCACCCGGAUUCCCCGGCUUCCUUCAAGUCCGAGAAAUAAGAAUGUCUAAGCCCCUGGAGCCGGAGAAGCCAGGUUUGGACUCUCAGUCAGAGCACACAGAUACAGAAACCAAUGGACCAGACUCAAACCAUCAGAACCCCCAGAAUAAGGCCUCCUCGUUUUCCUUGUCCCCGACGGGUCCCAGCACUAAGAUCAAGGCUGAAGACUCCGGCGGCGACCCGGCCCCUGUGGCCCCCCCGCCGCCGCCCCCCGCCCAGCCCCAUCUGCCCCAGGCCCAGCUCAUGUUGGCUGGCGGUCAGCUGGCUGGGCUCACGGCCCUGAUGCCCACCCAGCAGCAGCUCCUCUUGCAGCAGGCUCAGGCCCAGCUCCUGGCGGCGGCCGUCCAGCAGUCCAACGCCGCCGCCGCCGCCAAUGCCGCCGCCGCCGCCGCCGCCGCCCCUUCUGGGGGGGGCGACCUGCCGCCGCAGCCCCCCGCAAGCCAGCCCCCGGCGACCCCCCAGCUCACCCUGUCCCAGCCCAUCCAGCUCACGGCCCAGGACAUCCAGCAGCUCCUUCAGCUCCAGCAGCUCGUCCUUGUCCCCGGGCACCACCUCCAGUCACCUGCACAGUUCUUGCUGCCACAAACCCAACAGGGUCAGCCAGGCCUGCUCCCAACACCAAAUCUGUUCCAGCUACCUCAGCAAAGCCAGGGAGCCCUCCUGACCUCCCAGCCCCGGGCCGGGCUCCCUACCCAGACAGUGACCCGACCCACGCUGCCCGAUCCUCACCUCUCGCACUCGCAGCCCACCAAAUGCCUGGAGCCGCCCUCCCACCCUGAGGAGCCCAGCGACCUUGAGGAGCUGGAACAGUUUGCUCGAACCUUCAAACAGAGGAGAAUCAAGCUGGGUUUCACUCAGGGCGACGUGGGCCUGGCCAUGGGCAAGUUGUACGGCAACGACUUCAGCCAGACGACCAUCUCGCGCUUUGAGGCGCUCAACCUUAGCUUUAAGAACAUGUGCAAACUGAAGCCCCUUUUGGAAAAAUGGCUCAACGAUGCCGAGACCAUGUCUGUGGACUCCAGCCUGCCCAGUCCUAACCAGCUGACCAAUCCCAGCCUGGGCUUCGAUGGGCUCCCAGGCCGGCGGCGCAAGAAGAGGACAAGCAUUGAGACGAAUGUCCGCUUCGCCUUAGAGAAGAGCUUUCUAGCGAACCAGAAGCCUACCUCAGAGGAGAUCCUGCUGAUUGCGGAACAGCUGCACAUGGAGAAGGAGGUGAUCCGUGUCUGGUUCUGCAACCGGCGCCAAAAGGAGAAGAGAAUUAACCCCUGCAGCGCUGCCCCCAUGCUUCCCAGCCCGGGCAAGCCAGCGGCCUACAGCCCCCACCUCGGGCCUGGGGUCACACCUCAGGGGGCUGGGGGGACCCUGCCAUUGUCCCCGCCUUCCAGCAGUCUGAGCACAACAGUUACUACCUUGUCCUCAGCUGUGGGGACCCUCCACCCCAGUCGGACACCUGGAGGGGGCAGCAGUGGGGGUGGGGCCGUGACCCCCCUCAACUCUAUCCCCUCCAUCACCCCCCCACCGCCUGCCACCACCAACAGCACAAACCCCAGCCCCCAAGGCAGCCAUGCGGCGGCCAUCGGCCUGUCAGGCCUGAACCCCAGCACAGGAAGCACAAUGGUGGGGCUGAGCUCGGGGUUGAGUCCGGCUCUCAUGGGCAACAACCCUUUGGCCACCAUUCAAGCCCUGGCCUCUGGUGGAACUCUCCCCCUUACCAGCCUUGACGCCAGCGGGAACCUGGUCCUGGGGGCAGCCGGGGGCCCCCCGGGGAGUCCAGGCAUCGUGACCUCACCGCUCUUCCUGAACCAUGCCGGGCUGCCCCUGCUCAGCCCCCCCGGGGUGGGCCUCGUAUCGGCAGCCGCGGCCGCCGUGGCAGCCUCCAUCUCCACCAAGUCCCCAGCCUCUCCUCCUCCUCGUCCUCGUUCCUCCUCUUCCUCCUCUUCUUCCUCUUCCUCCUCCUCCUCCUCCUCUUGCAUCGAGACAGCAGCACACCCCGGAGGGCCUGAGGCAGGGGCCAAAUCGGAAUGAAGCCUCUCCUCCGCCUUUCCCAGCCACUAUCCCCCCGGCCCCCUCUGGUCUCCCCUGGCGGCAGGGGACAGCGGCGGGGGAUCGAGGUGAGGGUCCGGAGCCGGAGAAGGCGCGGAGGAGACACCCAAAGCCCCCCCGGAAGA